UUUUUCGGGUUUUUUUAGACAAUACCGAAUCUCGCCUCUAGGUGCCAGUGUUGUUCCGUUUGGCUCUGACGUCAUUUUUAACUGACAGCAAACAUGUCUGGAAAGUAAACAUAGCACCGGAGUUAUACAAAACGCAAUCGGGGAGCUAAGGAAGUGUUUAAUGUCACGCGCAGGGGUAACAUGGCCUCGAGCUUUGCCCCUCCGAGGCUCGUGGACUUUCUGCUCACUGAGAAGCUCGGCAGUGGCACAUACGCCACGGUUUACAAAGCCUACAGGAAGACGGAUAGCAGAGAAGCCGUGGCCGUGAAGGUCGUGAGUAAGAAGAGCCUGAACAAGUCGUCAAUGGAGAACCUGCUGACGGAGAUCGAGAUCCUGAAAACCGUGCGCCACCCACAUAUCGUUCAGCUUAAGGACUUCCAGUGGGACAAUGAGAAUAUCUACCUCAUUCUGGAGUGGUGCUCCGGCGGAGACCUGUCUCGCUUCAUCCGGAGCCGGCGGAUUCUCCCCGAGCGAGUGGCUCGUCUCUUUCUGCAGCAGAUAGCCUGUGCGCUGAAGUUCCUCCAUGAGAAGAACAUCUCUCAUCUGGAUCUGAAGCCCCAGAACAUCCUGCUGAGUGGCAACGUGCUGAAGCUCGCAGAUUUCGGCUUCGCUCAGUACAUGUCUCCGUGGGACGAGCAGAGCUCUCUGAGAGGUUCUCCACUCUACAUGGCCCCGGAGAUCGUGUGCCGUCGGCAAUAUGACGCCAGGGUGGACCUCUGGUCCGUAGGGGUCAUCCUCUUUGAGACGUUAUUCGGGCGCGCACCGUUCGCUUCUCGCUCUUACGCUGAACUGGAGGACAAAAUCCGCAGUGAUAAACCCAUCGAGCUGCCAGCCGGUGCCAGAGUAUCCCGAGACUGCCGGGAUUUGUUGCUCAGGCUGCUGGAGAGAGAUCCAGACUCCCGCAUCUCAUUCGACGAGUUCUUUCUGCACCCGUUUGUGGACCUGGAACACAUGCCCAGUGCUGAGAGUCUAGACAAGGCAAAGGAGCUGGUCCUGCGGGCGGUGCAGAAGGACCAGGAGGGGGAGAAGGCUGCCGCUCUGUCUUUCUACUGCAACGCACUCGAGCACUUUGUGCCUGCUAUACACUACGAAACAGACAGGCAGAGAAAAGAGGCUCUGAGACAAAAGGUCAACCAGUAUGUCUCUCGAGCUGAAGAACUCAAAGCUCUGGUGGCUUCUGACAACAAAGCCAGCUUCGAGAAUGCCCAGUCAGCCCGUAAUAUAUUAAGAGAAAUGUCCCGGGAUCAUCCACGCUUACUCGCUGCACUGGAUUUAGCUGCCACCGCUGUAGCAAAGGAGGCACGAGGGAUAGAGGACUACGAAACGCUGGAUGUGUAUCAGCAGAGUUUGGGAGAGCUGCUGCUGGCUCUAGCUGCCGAGCCUCAAGGCCGCAGGAGGGAGCUGCUCCAUGGCGAGAUUAAGAGUUUGAUGAGUAGAGCCGAGUACCUUAAAAAGCAGAUUCAGAUCCGAGAAACCCAGACAGAUGUCUCGCUGGAUAAAGAUGUGGUUGCUGAAUCUGUGCGAACAUCCUGUUGCCUGCAGUAGCCAUGAGAACAUUCAGACUUAUCGGUCACAUCACAUGACCAGAUCGGUGCCUUGAUGGUGCACUUUGGAGCCAAUCUGAUCGAAUCCCUGCAAGACUAACUGACUCCGCCCUUAAACCGCGAGACGGCAAACGCAAGCUGAAAGUAGUCAGUUGGAGUUGUAUACGGAUUAUUUUAACAUUACUGUACUGUAUGCGAUUCGUCCUCUAGUCUGGAAAAUAGAGCAUUCUAAAUAUAACGACACACACACACAGUCUAUAUCUGCUGUAUAGAAGUAAGUAAACCAUUACCAUUACUCUUUUCUGUUCUUGCUGUAUCGCUUUGCUUUCACACACACACACACACACACACACACACACAACCCCCCUGCUCAGUGCAGUGGGGUUCACCGCAGCUCGUCCACAUAAUGAGGGCGCUGUGUGGUGGUGAACGUGGCUCUGGAACCAUGUGGUUUCCUCCCUGUUCACUCUCAUCUUACAUUUACUUUUCUCUGCCACACAUCAAGCUAUGCUUCGUUUUCUCUGCCCACCUCACACACCGCCGGUUAGCACUUUAAACCAAUGAGGCAGCAGUAAAGAUAAAACAAAAAUACUGAAAAGCACUGGAGUGUUGUAAUGAAAACAUUAAAAGUGUUGUUGUUGUUUU